AUGGGCAUUUCCACAUCGGAUUCGAUUAUUGUUGUCGGCGCUGGCGCCUUUGGCCUCUCGGUAGCACUGCAUCUUGCUCUACGAGGCUACACAAAUGUCUCGGUCUUCGCAAAAGAUGACUAUAUCCCUUUCGGAGAUUUGACAAAUGCCUAUCGUGCAGCACAAGAUGCAGGCGUGCAAUUUUUCCUGGGACAACAAGUCGACCAAAUAGCCUAUGUGAGCACAUUGGCUGGGAGGAAGAACGCUGGUAUCCGCACAAAGAAUGCCGGGUUUUAUCCCUCGUCGCUCGUCAUUAUCGAAGCGGGGGCUAGGGAUAGCGAUUCAUCUGAAACUGGCCAGUUACAUGGCCCCGACCCCUUGGCCAUACCCCUUUCUCGCUAUACCAACACCAACCCAAAUUCCUUCGCCGAAUACGUGCCACAAACAUCUUCCUCGGUUAUACUGCUAUCGGGAAAUUUGGUACCAAUCUCCAAGAUAUCUUUGGUGGGACCGCGGGUCGUAGAUCUCCUAGAGGCAGCGAGUCAGAAAGUGUCGGAGAAUUUACCCCAACCCUUGUCUAAGCUGUGA